UCGUGUUACCUCAUUAUUUUAAAGCAAACCAAAUAUUUAUACUUGCAUGCCUAGGAUUAUGGGUUAGGAAGGAUUUAAUUUUUUCGACGGGGCUUCAUAUAAUUCAGAUCGAACUUCACUACAGUCUAUCCUGCUGCCAGCCUAAUUAUACCCAUACUUGCUCCCUUACGAGCCGUGGCCCAUAUGGCGGCAUGCCGUGUACUAUGGGCAGUAAAUAUGGAUGUAUCAACACCACUACAUUUGAGAACUGCCUUAUCCAUCUACUAAUGGAGUUAUUUUUAAAAGUAGUAAAUAGUGAAUUUCACUGGGAGUUUCUUAAUUUUUGCGUUUUCUUUAAAUAUUGCACACCUAGUCACACAUAAUGAAGAAUCUGUCUCAUAAAAUGGCAAAACUAGAGUUGGCUGUAAUCUAUUUAAACCAGACGUUUUGAGUCGCUUAGGAAUUUUAAUGGUGACGCCAUCGUCAACUAUCUCUAUAUUAGAGAUAUCAAUACUAGCCAACGGCUGAACCCUUUGUCCAAUACUAAACGCUAAUAGUGCUGCUAACUUAUACGUUAAUUUUUGUAAGGAAAUGUUAUUAAUAAUAAUUAUUUAAUUUAUUCACGUAUUAAUAUACAAUGAAAAGGACACGGUUCAGAUGAACAAAAUAAGAUAUUUUGAGCCUCCGUGGAAUGUUUUUAUGUAGUUAAGGACAUUAGACGGGUCCCAAGUAGAGCUGUAUUUGGGUUUGAUGGGACGCAAAUAAAAGACUCCCUCAAAAAAUAUUUUUAGCCUAAACUCAUUACCAAAAUAUAACCCUGCUAUUUGAGCUAUUCCACAAGUGUACGAGAUCAUGGCCCCGUAAGAAGCGCCUUUAUUAAAAAAAAAAAACAAUGUCAAAAAUGUUAAGGCGUCUGGUACAGAUACUGAAAAUACAUUUAGAUUUUCUUGCUUGCAAAACUCUCACCAAAGUUUUAAACAGGGAUUAUACUGCUUAAUGGUACCACUGAUAAUGGAAGCCAUACAAAUAUCUCAUAAUGGGUGAGCCCUAUCAUAAGAUUGAAGUAAAUCUUUACUUGGGGUAAAAUGAAUUAAUUUACUAACAAGCAGUACAACGAAAAUGCCAGUUGCUUAAUCUUCAAUUAUCUUAUGCAAAUAAUGUAAUAUGAUCGAGAAAGGUGGAAAUGCAUAAAUAUACAAAGUUGACCAGUUAAUUGUAAACGCAUCUACCGCAUAAUUUUCUGGAUCUCUCAGCCAAGAAAUAAACCGUUUACAUAUUUUAUUAAGUCAAUAUCGGACCUAUUAAAUUGACGGGUUAUUUUUUGAAAUGCCUCAUUAUUUAACUCUCGACGCAAGCCGACGUCAAAACACCAAUAAAGUGAGCAAAUUCCAUUUGACAUUUGAUAAAGACACGGUGUUGUCGAAACAAUAGUCAUGUCAUAAUAUAUAAUUUCGUGAAAAUCUGAACUUUUAGUUCUUAUUUAUUUUGAGCAAAUUCCCUGAAAACUUGAUAAUUUUUUGUUUUUUAAGCUGCGUUAAAAAAAUUGUCGUAUUAACUGGGUUAUAGGUAAAACCUGAGAAGGUGCAAAUCUGGCGAGGAAUGUAAGUGCUUUUAGAAAAGUUUAUAAUAAACCCUUAAAAUUCCAAUAAUUUAAGUUUCCUGCGUUACGUUCACACUCUAAAAAUGUGUUUCCUAAUAAUAAAAGGUCAUCUAGAUAUAACACAGAGAUGAAUCCUUUUUUCCUUAAAAAACUUAAGAUAGGUUUCAUUAGCUUUGUAAGAAUUAGACGAGCACAAUUUAACCCGAAUGGCAUACAGGUAAACCGUAGGUAUUUAUUAGUUUUAUAGCAAUGUUAUGAUCCUCUAUUUUGAAAUGUUUAGCAUUUAUAUAUUCAUUAAGAUGUUUGAGAUUUUGUUUAAACCUCUGUGAACCGUCUGGUUUUGGAGUAAGGAAUAUUCCCGACAUAAAAUGUUUUUUACAAGAUUUAACUUGACUAUAGCACCCUUCUCUAAAAGGUCAUAAAUUGAAUCUUGGAUCAGUUUUUGUUCACGUAAAGCCCAUUUAGGCUCAUGUGGUGCGCAAAAUUGCAAUGGGGGUCGUGCGAAAGGUAUUUUGAUACCCUGAAUCCAAGACAAAACACACUUGUCUUUUAUACGACCAGGCUUGAUAAAAAUAUCUGAGUCUACCAGCAAUUUUACUAGCCUUGUACUUUACUAUUGGUAUAUGAUCUUCUGUCCUUGUCUCUCCGGCUUGCGAAACCAUUUGUCCCAUGUUUUGUGAUCCCGUCGGACUUUCCGAGGCGAACUCUUGGGGUUUAAAGGACGCUUAGGAUAUGAGCCUGUCCUCUAGGUCCUUUCCAAACAGCCAUUCAUGGUUUGGCGCAUUUAGCUUCUUGUUGAAGUUCAGGGCUACGAGCUCUCUAUGACAAAGCGUCUUUUGGUGAAAUAAAUCGUUUAACAACCGCCCAGCUUCGCCUGGUUGCUGAAUAGCCGAUAUGGCUGCGCUAAUCUGCGCCUGGAUAUCACACAACGUUUUGUCCCUUCGAACUAUUGAAUCUUAACAGGCACUAAUCCCCAAAGAAUUUAGCUUAGGGGGAAAUUUCCUAAUUAACUCUUGCCUUUACUCGUCACCAAGUCCCUUAUCUGAAAUUCCUGACCAUAUUUUUGAACGGUCUUUUGGAAUUGGUGGACUCAAGUUAGACGCCUGGGUAACAUUCUUUCCAAAAGAAAUAUUACCUCCUGAUCCAUACUGAUGUCACUAUCAGACUCAGAGCUUUGAUCGCCAUUUGAUCGAAUUCGAGAAGAACCGGCGUCGUCCUCCCGCCUAUAUGAACUAACAGAGGGAGCAACAGAAUCUCGCUCUGUAUGAUGAUUGGCCGUAAAAGCUUUGCCAACGAUGCUAGAGGGGUCUCGUCCUCGGACCUCUCAUCGCAGUUUUUACGCAAACUGGAACUUGGCUACGAAACUGCGUACCAUGGCGGCGGCUGGGCCGAUCACACUCAAAACUUUUUUGAGAUUUGGCAACAUCCUCGUGCCUUUGAUCGGAAAGUGUGUCAACAUCACCGUGACCCUGUUUAGCGGAUUUGGCAACAUCGUCGUGCCGUCGAUUCCGCUUAUCAGAUUUGUCGCCAUCUUUCUGCACCUGUGCCGCUUCUAAAUCAGCCAGUUGUUUGCGUAAAACAUUUUUUUUUUUAAUUUAACAUUAUCCUCCUCUUCAUCUGCAAUUCCUUUUCCGUUUAGUUAAAACUUUUGGCAUUCUAACGCUUACCUGGAGACCGCACAACGCAGAAAAACACUAUACGUUCGUAACUACGUAACGCGAAACGCUCGGCCGAGCAAACGACGCGAGAACCACGCAGUUAGAAACGCAAUGAUCUAGGUAACACGCCGGGAUGACGGACCGUUGGGAGCGGAGUGCAGGAAACAAAAAAAAAUUUACGUUAUCGAUAUGCACCCCCAUUCUACACAGAUAGAAUAAGCAAUUCUUAUCAUACCUUAAUUUCUAACGGUGCCCAGCCAAUCAGAAUUAUUUGUAAUCGAAGAGCGCGGGAAGGAUUAUUCGAAAUUAAGUUUCGGCAGCUAGUUAUCAAGUCUUAUUAAGCUUUUAACAUGGAAAUGAAAAAGGACAAACUGACUUGUCAAUUUUGUAAUUUGGGAUUUUCGAGUACCUCAACCAAGAACCGACAUAUAAAAACAAAACACUCAGACCAAGAUAUAGGUUCCGCAUUUGAAGGGUCCAAAAGAAAUGGGCACAUCAUUUGCCCAAUAUGCCCAAACAAGACUUCUUUUCCAUUUCACAGAGACUUAAUUAAGCAUUUAAAUACUUAUCACAACUUAACUAUAAAGGAAUCUACUUUGUAUUUUAGAAAUGUUGAAGAGUUUCUAGGUUGGAAAGCCCAGGAGAAUAGGGGUGUGAAAUAUGCUUGCCUUACAAGAAGAAAAGACCCACGCGGUGAAGAAAAAAAAGUAUAUGAGUGCAACAGAAGUGAUUACAAAGGAUUUGUAAGUUCAGCUAAAAAACGCAGUAUGAAAACUGGAGGCAGUAUUCAUAUUCGUGGAACAUGUCCUUCUAGAAUUAUAGUUACCACUUCAGCCGGGGGAUCUGUUAUUGUAAAGUUUGUUGAAACCCAUGUGGGACACUCCGAUGAACUAAGGACCAAAAGAUUGAAAUCCAAACAAGAGAUGAUUGCUCCAAAAUUAACUAACCAAAGGAUAAUGGAAGAGACCAGGCUACAGAUACCAUUUGAGGAAAAGCGAGAGGUGGUGAUUAUUUUGCAAGAAAUGAAUAGUUUUGCACGUAGCUUGGAUAAGCAAUCUUUUAGCGGAUAUGUAGAUCUUUUUAGGAAAUUUGAAAUGGAACAUCGAAACGCCAAAGAACAUUUUAAAAAAAGGAAAAUCAACAAAAAAAAGGAAGUAGAACAUAUUAUUUUAAGUUUUUAAUUUUAAUAUAGAUAAAUUGUAUAAUAAAUUAAUGUUUAUUUAUCAAAAAUAAUCAAGCUUUGUGUCGGCAAACAUCUAUCCACUAACCAGACUCCGCAGGCUAUAGUUUCUACAAAUAAAAAUAAUACUUCAGCAACCAUUUUUCUUUUUAAUCACUUGUUUUUCAAG